UGGCAGUGGUGGACUACUUCUCUCUUUUGUCUUGGUAACCACUGGUUGUGCUAGCCAGCCAUAAACACCAAAACAACGGGCAUCUGUCCCUGAGAUGGACCGCAGUAAUCGGCCCAAUGCCAUUUCCAGGCUUCGCUGCUAGCCGGCAGCUUUUCACACCGAUAUUAUGGCUUAGUCUUCACAAACGUUUCUGUAAUGACAUAAGGAUAAUGUACUCAAAGGAAUGACUUGAACUGGUACAUUUUUUUCAGCUCCUCACGAUUGCGCAUCUGGAUCAGUGUGAGCCGCCGCUACCGCUAGCUUUCGAGGAGGCUAGCCGACCACCGAGGAGUUGAAGCCCCAUCCAGGGCUGUCGCCUUCGGGGACUCUGAAUCAGAAGCUACAAGCUAAUUUAGCUAAGUUAGCUCAUGUGGUAGCUAGCUUCGAAGGAUCGCCGAAAAUGUAAAUUGUCAUGGGGCCAAAGAGACGGAAACUGGUGAGUUUUUGAUAAUGCAGCUUAUAAACUGCUUCAGCUAACGGCCUCUGGCUGUUAACGGUUCUCACCGUUAGCUAGCCCGAGUUAGCUUUGUUGUGAUAGCUUGCGGAGACCCUGAGUUGCGGAUGCUAGUGGGCUUUUCCCUUUAAAUUACACGUUUAAUCAGCGACAUGCUGCCGUUUUACAUUGCUUUUACGUUACUCUGUCUUGUUUCACCCAAAGUGUAGUAGUACUGAUAUGAAUGUGUUAGUUAUGCUUUGGUUUAUAUACACAAGGCUAACAGUUUUUAGCUCUGGGAGAACAGGAUCUUUUUCCAGAGGCUGUCCCUGAAAUGCACAUCUAGCAUGUUAACGUAAACGGCCUCUUUAAAUCUGUGUAAUUCUGCAGCUGUAGGAGAUUUCUAACUCAUUUGAGGGUUAUGCAUGUUUUUACUGUCAGAGAUAAAGAUGGAUAGGGGGAAACCAGGGCCACAGAAAAGUAUACAUGAUAUUAUCGACUAGGGUGGAACGAUAUGAACAUUUCACAUCACGAUUAUUGUGACCAAAAUUAUCACGGUUAGUAAUAUUAUCACGGUAUUGUUAAAAUAUGUUCAAAAUGUUUAAAAAGUACUUAUACAUGCCCUGAAAUCAUGAAACAAAGUUUUAUUUAAAAAAAAAUAAAUAAAUCAAAGUAUGAACUUGUCCUUAACCUUAAAUAACAGAGGAGCGAUAAGCUUAAAAAAUGAAACAUGUGGCCUUUAAAGAGCCAGAGGUGAUCAACACUAGUACUAGUAAUAACAAAGUACAAAGUAAUGUGCAAGUGGCAUAAACAUUAACAUAAUAACGAAUAAAUAAAAUUCAACACUGUCGGCAGAACUGCUUGCAAAACUGCCCUCCGCCAUGUUUCAAGUUGUAUACUGCGCAUGGCGCGCCAAUGUCCAAAGGACUGCUGCAUGCGGCUGCUCUUCUCAGCACUGAGCAGUCUACAAGCUUUUCAAGAGUGUGGCAAUAAAACACAGUUUCAACGGUAAUUAAAAUUUGAAACGGAAGUACUAACCGUCAGAUAUUUUACCACAGUUUAUCAUUUUACCUGUAAUCGUCACAUCCCUAUUAUGAACACAGCGUCAAAUCGGCAGAUAACAGCUUCAAAUUCGUUUUUGUCAUUGACAGAUAAGAACAUUUCUGUGUAUAUGAAUGGUUAAUACAGUGACAGGAAUUAUGUGCUUAAAACGAAAGCUCACUCGCCAGCAAGGAGCUUCACGUCACCUGUGGAGACGUGUUUGAAAGUGUCCAAGACCGUACAGACCCCCAUACUUUCAAAUCACUUCUAAACACACCUUUUUCAAUUGGCUUUUAAUUUUAGUCUCUACUUCAGUCAUUUAACAAAGCUAAAAAAUAAAACAGUGAGUCAGUCUCCACCUGAAAGUGAAGGAGCCUGACAGGGAAACUAUUGACUUUACUGCUCUCGACCUCUUGGUGGAAUAUGCAGGGCAGGCCUUCACAGGCUAAUGAUGUUCUUGGAGCAGUAUCGAUAUUGGUAUGAAUGUUGGACCAAAUGAGUUUGAAAAUGCUGUCAGAUUGGGUAUUUGCAGAAUUUCAAUAUUAUGCAUCCUUACUUGGUCUUCUAGUAAAAUAAUCCUCUAUAUCUGGCAGGUAUAGUUCAUUUUUCUUUUGUGGUAUAACAUGAGUGGAAAUCUUUAGGUUGUUCCCCUUUGCCGCACAGUUCUCCUGCAUAUUUUUUGAUGGCAGUAUGUCCAUCUGAACCCAGACUUAUUUCUCUUACCCUUUGCUUACCAUCAUCCAGGCUGUGCCAGUGAUGGCCUCCCCCCUCCCUGUCUCCUUCGUCCUGGUGGUUUUACUGUUGGCUGAGUCGCCUGUGUGUCAGACAGGGGACUGCAAGGGCCACAGGCAGGUGUUGAGGGGAGCACCAGGGUAUGUCACAGAUGGGCCAGGAAACUACUCUGUCAAUGGGAACUGCGAGUGGCUCAUCAAAGGUAUAAUGAGCUAUGAUUUUUUUCAUGUGUGAGAAAAAAAUUGUCAGAAAUAAACAAAUUUUCAUACUCCCUCUUUUUUUAUAUCUUUCAGCUCCCAGCAACAACCAUCGCAUUGUCUUAAAUUUCACCUUCAUGGACACAGAGUGUACCUAUGACUACCUGUUUGUGUAUGAUGGAGACUCCUACCAGAGCCCUCUGCUAGCCAGUCUGAGUGGAAACACUCUGCCUCAACCAAUUGAGGCGAAGUCUGGAAAGGUAACCAAAUGGAACAAUGGGAAAGAAAGACUGAUGAAUUUUUAAAGGAUACUCCAGUGUAAAAUUAAUUUAGGGUCAAACACACUGUAACACCGAGUUGGACACCCCCUCGUGAGAUGAAUGUUGCAGACCGUUUGCUUCUCUAGUUAAACCAACUUUAGUAACAACCGCAUGAUAGCAAUACACAGUGGUCCCUUUAACUUUGAGAAAUUCAAAAUAUGGGUCUGCUUUUUUGCUCAUUCCAGAUGCUGCUUCAUCUCUUCAGCGAUGCCAACUACAACCUGUUGGGCUUUAAUGCGACCUACACUUUUUCAUUGUGUCCUGGAGCCUGUGGUGGUCAUGGCCGCUGUGACCCCUCCACAUUAAAGUGCCACUGCCAUCAGGCUUGGGGAGGAACAGCGUGUACAAUUCCUCUUUGCGCCCAGAUCUGUUCAGUGAAUGGCCUAUGUGACAAGGUAAGAGUGGGGAGGUCAAAGGUUAGAUGAAUGCAGAAAGCAAACAGUCAAAUGAUCACUCAUCCUUACCUGUGUUACAUGUAUUGUGAGCAGCUUUUGAGACAUUGAUCAAAAUUUAGGCAUUACAUUUGCUGUUUUUUUUUGUUUUUUUUUUUGCUACAGAAAGGAGAGCGUUGCCUGUGUAAUCUUGGCUUCAUGGGCCAAAACUGCCAGUUUGGUUUCCAUGACGACAGUGGGGCCGGGCGGUGGUGGCGUGUGAGUGAGGGAAACCCUUACACACCCCCGAGGACAGGUUCUGCUGGCGUGUACCUGUCUUCUUCCGGAGCGAUGUACUUAUUUGGUGGUAAGAGUCACAUAGCCUCUAUACACACUUUUUAAAAUGGUAUGGACAAAUUUGUUUGGUAAUUUGUUAUCAUACUCUGAUUAUUAGUACCUCAACACAACAUAUUCUGUGAAAAAUGUUCUUUCAUUUGAAGUUUAUUUGUAUUAUUGUGGCUCUUAAUGCUGUUUAUUACACUAAUUAGAUUAUGGUUUGAUUCAAACAAUAAAGAAAAUUGGGGUCGUUAUUUUAGCUGUAGUGCAAUCCUUUCUGCUGCCUAAUAGUGUUUUUAAUGGUUAAGCUAAUAAGUGCAUGUUAACGACUUUUUUCCCCAGGGUUUGACCUCAAUAGAGCUCUCGGUGACUUGAUCAAAUAUAACUUCACAUCCAACCAAUGGGACAGCAGGUCUUAUGGUCAUUCUCCUGUAAGUGGUUUGUAGACACACAUAUACAUCCAAACACAAGUUUGCCUCACCUCUAUAUUUCUUAGAAUAACAAUAUGCUUUUAAGACAUUUGCCCAGCUUGUACUUUUGUAAAAUUGAAGUUGAUUCAAACACCUUACAGUAGAAAUUUCAGUGUUCAGAUAUGAAUCUAUGAUGUUUUCACUACAGAGCCUAUACUUUCACAUUCUGACAGUCCAGUAUUCACACCUAAAGUCACCCAAAUAAGUAAUUGCUAUCAGUGUAUAUGUGGAUUUGACAUUUAUCGGCUUGUUGCCGUGCAGGUAAAUAGCUCGUUUUUGUUUACAUGUACAAACAGCUACUGUCAGUAGCUGUGCUCCUGUUAUUGUUUUACAUCUCUGUUCAUUGUCUGGUGUUCCUCUCUGUGUGGUCAGGUGGCUCGUCACUCCCACACUGCAGUAGAGUGGAUGGGUAACAUGGUUAUCUUCGGAGGAGAGCUGGCAAAUGGCUCCCUGGCGAGUGACGUCUGGAUGUACCGGCCCCUUCAUGAUGACUGGCAGCAGCUUGGUUUAUCAAAUUCUCAUGGUGCACCUAAACUGGCCAAUCACGCUGCAGCUGUAGUGGACAGUUAUCUUUAUGUUUUUGGAGGUUCGUUUCACAUUUUGCCACCUGUAUUUGUGCUGGCUCACAAUCAGCCCUUACAUAAUCAAUCAGACUAAUGCGGUUUCUUUCUUUUUCCCCUCUUUGUAUUCCCCAGGUCGCACUGAGGAGGAUAUGUUUUCCUCCACUCUGUACAGAUUCGGCCUGCAUGGCUCUGGACGCUGGGAGACUGUUCAGCCCACUGGUGGGAAGCCCCCCGCCACUGCUGGACACUCCAUGGUGUUUCACAGCCCAUCUAGGACUCUACUGGUCUACGGGGGCCACCGACCUACCACUGCCAGGUAAUCCACCCAAACAUGCAAAGGCACACUGCAUACAUACAUGUGCAAGUUGAUAAUGCUUUGUACACAAUGUACAGGUUUAAUAAGGAAGAGGAGAAACAGCUCAGUAACUGAUCUAUUCUCUGAUUUGAUUUUUCCUUUUUUAACACAUUUGAUCAUUUUAUAUUGAAUAAAACAAAAUGUACUAAUAUGUAAUAAUAUUAAAAUGUACUAAUAACCCUCCUGCUGUUUUUUCCAAGGUUUAGUGUGAGGGUGAACAACACAGAUGUGUUCCACGUGGACAAACGGUUUUGGACCUCCUUCCGUUCCCGUUUCCCAGCAACGGGCCCCAGGGAGAGAGCUUUUCACUCAGCCACUGUGAUCGGCAACUACAUGGUAGUCUAUGGUGAGCAUUGUGAAAUGAAGAGAACAUCAUUCAUGUUCCCCGUCAGCGCUGUUCUGUAUGUUUUCAUUAUUUUCUUCUUGUGUGUCUCUCACAGGGGGAAAUGUACAUAUUCAUUACCAAGAAGAGAAGUGCUACGAUGAGGAGAUCUUCUUUUACCAUCUGGGCUGUCACCAAUGGGUGUCUGCCGGGGAGAGAUGGUCACUCAGUAAGUUUAAAUCAGGAAUGCACCUGUAAAUAUUGGCCUAGUGCUGGUAUUGACCAUAAAUUCACUUCAUAGAAAGUAUUUUCCUGUAAAAGAUUUUUAAAUUAAAGGUUGUUUUUCACUUUUUUGUAUCUGCGCUUACUCAAAGAUAGUGUAGUAAAGAUCUGGAUGACCUUUCAUGAAGAAAUGAUCAUUCUAACUCAGAUGGGGAAUUUAAUUACAGUGGGGAAAAAACUUAAAACAAAAAACACACAAAAACAAAACGGCAUGUUUUCUGUUUUCAUCCACUGCUGUUUUUCUUUGGCUGUUUGAAAUUUCUGUUCUGAUAUAAACUUUACAUCUGACCAGGGGGAGAUCCUGUGAGAGGCCGUUACUCGCACGUUGCCGCUGUGAUGGAGGGACGGGUGCUACUUGUUGCCGGUGGUUACAGUGGUGUUGCUCGGGGAGACCUGGUGGCCUACAAAGUACCGCUGUUUGUCAGUAGCGAUCAAGGAGACAGGGUGAGUGAAAGUGUUGUAGGUAAUGAGAAAACACAGACACAUACAGUAUCUUAAAGUUGGGAAAGGCGCCUAAAAGACUCAGACUCAGACUUUUUAUUGUCAUUGUAUGAGGCAUACAACGACAAUUAAAACAGCUUGCAGUGGUGUUUUCCUAAGAAAGUGGAGUAACAAAAAAUAGAAUAAAAUAUGAAAUAAAAUAGUACAAAAUAAAAAUAGAAUAGCCUAUGUACAAAAUGUGCAACAGUGUAGCGUCACAGUACAGCAGUGCAAAUCACAUGACAUCUGAAAAAAAGAGCAUUCAGGGAAAAGUCACUAACCCUUGUGCGUGUGUUUUCACCAGGAUGCUGUUUGUGCCGAGGCGUUAGAUGAAAGUAUGUGCCUGAAGAAUCCGGAGUGUAGCUGGUGUGAAGGCCGCUGUCGAGAGUACCAGCCCACUAAUCCGGUAACGCUUCCUUUUACACAGCUUUGCUCAUCCACAUAUUAUGCAUUCUUUUCAUAGUAAGGCAUCUGAAUCAUGUAUUCCCUCUCAUCUGUGUGUCGGGAAACUUAAGUACUGUUGGAAUUUAUAAGCCUUUGUUUUAUUUCCUCAGUGUGGCAGUACCGGUUGCCUCGGCCUGGCUCGCUUCCUCUCUGAUUGCCAGUCAUGUUUGGUGUUCAGCGGCACCCCAGCUUCAAUCGCUCGCGCCCCCGGGGAUUUCGGUUGGUGUGUUCAGAAUGAGUCCUGCCUACCUGUGUCAGGUGAGACCCAAGGAGGGAGGAAGGAGGGCUGAAAAGAAGGGUUAAAAAAAUUGGGUGCUGAUAUGGGAGGGAUUGGCUUCCUGUUUGGCAUGUCUCAAAAACGGAGCACGCUGACUUGAUUGCACCCAGCUGAGAUCGGACAAGCAACUCAGAUUAAGAUUUGGCUUGCCUGUCCAAUCACAGUUAUUCUUCAGUGCAGUGACGUCACGUGGUCGUACUCUUUUUGAGCACACAUCACACAGGAGUCGAAAGAUCAGGCUGCUGAAUGAUUAGAUUUGAAGAGGUCAGAUGUUUUCCUUGUUUGCUGACCUCUCCCUCUCGGUCUCACAGAGCGAAGUGCGUGCCGUGUGGACCAGAUCUCAGGGGCGUACGGCUGGUGGGGGGAGCGUACCCUUUUCCUAACCUCCCUCCACUCCUGUCGCACCGAGAACUAUGUCCCGGGACUGCACCUGCUCACCUUCCAGCACCCCCGCAACGACUCCCAGCCUGACAAGGUACGGAGUCUAAAUAUCAAGUGCUAACUGUACUAGCUGUGGUUGCAUAAACUCCCCUUUCCACUAAUACACAUCCCUCCUUCCUUCCUCCAGCAUUGCUUUAACAAUCCAAAUUAGUUCUUGAGUUUUUUACUAUUUCCUUUUUUUAUUGACAUAUUCUACUUUGUGCUCUUGGCUUUAAACACCUUGUUCCCAUUAUUCACUUUUCUUAUCCUGUUCUUUCUUUGCUCUCUUUUUUUUUUUUUUUGCAACACACUCACAGAGAAGAUUCCUUUCUGGAGUAGUUUGUCAAACUUUGUAGAGCAGUUUGUAGAGAAUAGUGCUUCUGUUGAUUUGUCUCCACUUCCAUCCACCCUCCACUAUCCUCCAUCCUCCUCACCACCUUUUUCCAGGUAUCCAUCCUCCGCAGCACCACCAUCAUCCUGAGUCCCACCACAGAAAUGGAUGUUGCGUUACAGUUCAGGGGCUUCAUCCACCCGCUGUGGGGGGCCCCUCCACCCGCGCCCCCUCCCACAGACACCGUCUCCAUGUGGGCUCGCAUCCAGAGGCUGCACUUUGAGGCUCGAAUGGCUACAGGGCCCAACUCAAGCCAGCUGGUAAGGGAAAAUGGAAAUGCAUAUUUUUGAAUUAAGUUAAAACAAGCUGCUCUUUAUCCCUAGUGUUACUGAACUCUUCCCCAUUUUCUCUCUCAAACUUCCCAUGGGUCCAUGAUCUAUCGGAACAGGAGGUGGUGGGGCGUUGGGCAGCCCAGCAGGAGAAGGAGUUGAAGCUGCUGUCUCGAUCAGAUGGGAGUAAACUGUUCUCAAACCUGACCAGAGGGAACCAUUAUCUCGUUCAAGCUGAGGGCUACCUCAACAACUCAGGCUCUGGACAGACCAGUGAGAUGGCCCUGAUCUGGAACAGAACAUUACCCGGAGGGAGUGUGAGUACAGGAACAUUUAAACCCGUGCUUCUCCGCAAAAGCAAAGAGGUUUAACUUUCACAUUUCUGUCAUUUUUUUCUACACAAUAGGUCUCCUUCAGUGGAGUAAACCAGCUGACCUCACGCUGUCUUUUCUCUCCCUAUAAUUUUCUCGCCUUUCAGGAGAUCUCUUUCUUGUUUUUGGAGCCGUACCGUUCAGGCUCCUGCUCAGGGUACAUGUCCUGUUUGGCCUGUCUGUCCGAUCAGUCUUGUGGCUGGUGCCCAUCUCUGUCCCGCUGCUUGCUGCGAGACAGCCCGGACCUCGAGCCCUGCCCUGAGGGAGAGAAAGAAGGCAAGACAGAGGGUCAGCGCCAUCUGCUGCUGGCACCACAGCACUGCACCUUGUGUGAAGAAUAUAGAGAUUGCGCUGCUUGCACUCAGGUACAUUAUAUUGAGAAGUUGCAACAAAUACACCUUUAUAUAAACAUAUAAACAUAAACGCCUGUUUUUUUUUUGUUCGUUUGUUUUUUUUUUUUUGUAAAAAUCUAUGUAACAACUCUAUCCUUUCAAGCACAGCAAAUAUAUACACAUCUUUUUUUUCUUCAGGACAACCUCAGCUGUCAGUUUAUUGGUGCAAAAUUUUUUACCAACCAAAUGUGUAUUUGCUGCAAAAGAAAAUGUUUGUUCCAGUAUGUUCUUAACAACUAGAUUAAUUGUACACACCCCUAAUAUGCUGUUAAAUUUCUGGCCAACAGGACCCUUACUGUGAGUGGCAGAUCAACUCCAGUAAGAAAGGAGACUACCAGUGCAGUCGACGCGGAAGACUGGAUGGUUCCAUACGUGACUCAAGAGGAUGCCCUAAAGUCUGCAACCAGUGAGUCCAACAACUACAUUUUAAUUUAAGAUGCAGUUUUCUAGUUACUUUGCAGCUCACUCAUGUUUCCUGCUCUCUCCAAUCAUCUCUUCGUCUUCUUUAGGAGGAAGACGUGCGGUGAGUGCCUCUCUAACUCCAGCCAGUGUGCAUGGUGUGAAUCAGCCCAGGCCUGCUUCUAUUUUGCCGCCUACCUCACAAAAUACCCCUAUGGAGAGUGCAGGGACUGGUACGACAGGUAAAAUGAGGAGAUUUUUUUAGCUUUUCUUAAUCUUUAUGUUUGCAUGUAUAAUCACUACUACUGUACUUAAAGUGAAGUACCAUAAAGAGACAAAUAUGGCUUAAAAAAAAGACAAUGAAAAGUUUUUGAGACAAUGAAGGAGCUGAAGUGAAGCUUUGAUUAAUGAUCUAAUAUUCUACAUUAUUCUUUACUCCUCAGUGUUCACUCAGUCCCUCAGUGUAAACAAUGCUCAGCUUUGAACACAUGCACAGACUGCCUGCGGACAUUCCAGUGUGGCUGGUGUGGUGACUAUAACAAUCCCACUAUUGGGAAGUAAGUAUGGCACAUAUGCAGGACACGAGUCAUAUUUUAAAUCGUGCAUUGUACAGAGAUAGGACACAUUAUGCUAACCUUAGUUCAAUCAAGUUUCUACUUCAGUCAUGAUUUAAUUUUGUUUUCAUAACCUUCUCUGCAGAUGUUUGAGGGGUGACUGGGCAGGCAUGGACGACCCCUUAGUUUAUAACUGUAGUGUUGCUGUUGCUGAAGCUCGAGCUGCAAAGUAAGACAAAUAUUUCACUUGAAUGACAUGAUUGUUUAAUUUUGUACAGAGCUGUAACACACUUGUUUGGUAGAUAGAUAGAUAGUUUAUACUCAUCUGUCUUUACCUCUCCCUGUCCUGUUCUUCUAGCCCUGAACCCCAGACCUCAGCUCCUCCCAGACCCCUGGACAUGGAAAUGGAGUUUGAACACUUAGAAGACGAAGAGCAAGACGCCAUCUGGUCCUACCCCACCUGCCCUGACGUAGAGGAAUGCAGACUGGGUCUCCACAACUGUCACCCCUUCGCCACCUGCAUCAACACUCCCACCUCUUAUGAGUGUCACUGUGAGAGAGGUUACACAGGGGAUGGCACGCUUCACUGCAACCAGACGUAAGAGAUCAAAUCCCGCUCAGUCUGUACACAUUAAUGCUGCGUUUUCCAAAAAUGAAAAAGUACAUCUUGGCUCCUUCCUUCUCCCUCCAACAGUUGCUACAAUGAGUGCCGUGAAGGUCAGUGCAGUGGCAGCCCACGUUUUGAGUGCGAAUGCUCCCUUGGAUGGACGUCUGACCCUGCAACUCUAGUUCUCAGUGGUGUUGAAUGCGACGUGGACUGUGGGUGUAACUUCCAUUCCACCUGUAUUACAGCACCAGGAAUCUGUGAUGAAUGCCAAGGUGAAACUUUACAAAACAGCUUUUUUUUUAAUGACCUCUUCAUGUUCCUUUUUCUUUUUCAUGACAGCAGAUUUAUGCGAUGAAAAGCGUUUCGUCUUCUGAUAACCUUCCUCUGUCUUUUUGUUUAGAUUGGACGACUGGGCCUCACUGUGAGCACUGCCGACCUGGCAGCUUUGGGUCAGCCUUGUCUGGUGGGGGCGGCUGUGUGCAGUGUGAGUGUAACGGUCACGGUGACCCUCUGCGGGGAUACUGUCACAACCAGACUGGCCAGUGCUACUGCACCCACAACACACAUGGACCACACUGCGAGUCCUGCCUGCCUGGUUACUAUGGUGACCCCAGGUAAGGAGAUAAAAAAAGCAUUAAUUCCUCAUUUCUGAAUAGUUGAAACUAUGCAAAUUCCAGAGGUGGUGAUUUUAAUGAAAUAUUGAUCAAGGAACAAAUAAUUGUUAAAUAAUUUUAAAAUGUGAUUCUCUUACUCAGCCCGUCUUAUCUCUUUUCCCAACAGGAACAACGGCACAUGCUACCGGCAGUGUCAGGGCCGUUCAGUGCUGCUCUCCUCCACCUCCAAUUCUGCCAUCCCUCUCUCCUCUUCACUUGGUUGGCGAAGUGGCACAGAAGGGAAAGGCGGACUUUCUCAUUGCCUGUGGGUCCUCUCUGUGACGGAGAAUCUGGCACCUUGCUUACCCAGACAGCUUUGUCCCCCUAUCGCCCUAACUCUUCAUCCAGACUCCCAUACACACUGUAAAGUGAGUUCCAACCUGACCUCACACAAGCUCACAUACAAAGUAUCAUGCUAGCUUUGCAGUAAGUGUCUCAUUCUAUGUAACCAUGGUGCACCUCUUCUGUUUUGCUUUGCAGAGCUCCUAUGUCUAUGUGUUUGACGGCCUCCCUCGUUUCCUGAGUAAUGGGGUUGUCCAUUCAGAUCACAACCUGAUUGGGGCUUUCUGCGGCACCACCAGGACUCAGCCUAUCACUGUGGAGGCCACCUCAGGUAUCUAUUGAUAAGUUAUUGAGUGAUAAAGAUGAUGAGAGAUGAUUAGAUGCAGGUACGGUCAUGCUGCAAGAGUUUCAAAAGUUUGAACCUUUUUUACUUUUGGAGCCCCUCAAAAACAGGCUGCGACUUUUAUUUUGGAUUUUACAGUAUAAAUUCUUCUCAAGUUAUAUCUUCCAUAAAAACACAGAGAUAAAAAGUCACAGUGCCUCUUUUAUUCUUUUUUCUCUUUUUACUACCAGGUGUGAUCUCAGUCUACUUCGAGGCCAACGUCACCUCAAACGAACCUCAAGGCUUCAAUGCAUCUUUCUGGGUGCGGCGGUGCCACCAUAGCUCAGACGAUGGUGAAGAGGGGUCACCUGUGUGUCCAGGUGGAGCCCAGUGCCAGGGGGGCCUCUGUCAGUGCCCUCAGGGAUAUGCUGGGCCGCACUGCGACCGGCCCAUGUGCCCUCAGGACUGUGGAAUAGCAGAAGGAAGAGGAGCGUGUAAUAUAGUAAGAGUUGUAGAACAUAUCACUUUAUUUAUAUACCUCUAGUGCAUUUAAUGAGACAACAAUAUUGAAACACUUAAAGAGGGCAGGACAAGUUUACUAAUCAACAUGUCUGUCUGUGUCAGUCUCUCGGAGUGUGUGUUUGCACAGACAGCUGGGCGGGCUCAGACUGCUCUGUUCCUCGGGACUCUAACAACCUGGCUUGGGAAACACUACUAGACACACAACUGACAGUGGUAAGGGCGGAACCCAACACAAGUUCAGUUUGCGUGUAUGAAAUCAUUCUCACACAAACACGUAUUUACAUGCACUGCUACUCCACAGAACCAGGCCCACAGGUUCCUCCAUAGGAUGGGCCACACCCUGGUGUCUGGACCACAAGGCUACCUCUGGAUGUAUGGAGGGCUUUCUCUAGCAGAGGGCAUUCUGGGAAACGUCUACAGGUAGGGGGAUGUAACACGACAAAGAGAGAGUCAAAUGUGGUGUAAACCAUCUAUGAAUGCAAAUAAUGUGGUUUUUCUCCUGAUUUGUUCAGGUACUCUGUUUCUGAGCGUCGCUGGACACAGAUGUUAACUAGCUCUGUGGAAGAAGGCUCCACCCCGGAUGCUCGCUAUCACCACGCCUCUGCACUGCUGACCAGUCACGAGUCUGGCUCUGGAAGCCUCACAGCUAGUCAUAACUUCAUGUUGGUGGUGGGUGGUGUAACUCAAAAUGGUGUUGCCAUGGAUACGUGGAGUCUCAAUCUCAGCAGUUUAGUCUGGAGAGAACACAAGGUAAGAAUGAGAUUAAUCAUGAGGUCAAUAUCGUACUCCCAAAAGGAAAGAAAAAACCUCUUAAUGUUUUUUUUUCAUACCUUAAUAUAUUGUUUCCUUCUUCCAGAGCUCACUGCUGCCCCCAGUGGCAGGUCACACUCUGACUGUGCGAAGAGACUCCUCUGUGUUGCUGAUUGGAGGUUACUCUCCAGAGAAUGGUUUCAACCACCAUCUGAUGGAGUUCAGCCCUCAUUCUGGAAACUGGACAAUAGCCCCCCAUACCGGCACACCACCCACAGGUUCUUGCCCCAUUCAGAAGUUCAUGUUUACUCUGAAAAUUACAUAGAAAAGUCAAAGGCAGUUGCAGAAAAAUAUUUCUUUUCCUUUGUUAUGUAACCCUGUUUAUAUUUCAUAUUUCUUUUAGGUUUGUAUGGCCACUCAGCAGUCUACCAUGAGCAGACUGAUGCCAUCUAUGUCUUCGGGGGCUACCGCUUUCAUGUGGAGACUGUGGAGCCUUCAGGAGAGCUCUACAGUCUGUACUACCCUAACCUCACCUGGUCUUUGCUGGUCCCUUCACAGGGUAAUAAGGUAAGAGCUCAGCUUCAGUUUCUGCCUAUUUUACAGGCCAAUAGGUUUAACAUACUCUGCAAUUAUCCUCUUCUCAUGCACUGCAAAAAAGAUAACUUGUCUUGCUAUAAUCUCUUUGCCAUGUAGCCCCUGUCUCGUUUCUUCCAUGCUGCUGCCCUGAUCAAAGACACCAUGGUCAUUGUCGGGGGGAGAACAGAAGCAGAGGACUAUAGUAACUCGGUGUCCCUGUACCAGAUCAACUGUAACACCUGGAUACAACCUGGUGAAUAUUUCAUCAACUUUCAGUAGAUUUAUGGUCAGUCAUAACAAACUACAGCCUGACCUGGCAGCGCAUCUUUUCUUUUUCUUCAGCCUCAGCUGUAGGAGAUCCAGUAAACCGCUCGGUGUCUCUUGCCAUGGCAAGUUGGGAAGGUCGUCUCUUCCUUUCAGGAGGCUUCAAUGGUGUCACACUGGGUAGACUCCUAACCCUGUCUGUGCCGUCUGAUCCCUGUGCCCUCAUGCAAACACCCGAGGCCUGUAACACCACCACCGGCAGCUGUCUGUGGUGUAGAGGGACCUGUGCUUCUUCUGAUACUGCAGAGAGGUAACGUCUUCUGAGAGUUAUUGAUAGCGUUGUUAUUCAGGGUUAUCGCUGCACAUAAACAGAACGCGUCUAUCCCUCUCCUUCAGAAUGGGCUGCUUCACCAGCCAGUCUCCUUGCUCUCCGACUCCACGUCUGCCAGACCAGUGCCGCAGACUGAAGACCUGCAGUGAAUGUCUCGCCAGACACCCUAAAACUUUCUACAAUCCAUCACAGGUAACAUACAACACCUCUCCUUGUAACAUGAAGACAAGCUGAAGCAAACUCAACUAAAUCUGACCUUCAUUUAAUAUCCCAGCCUGCCCUGCAGUGUAAGUGGUGCACAAACUGCCCAGAGGGUGCCUGUAUCAGCAGCUCUGUGAGCUGUACAUCUGAACAUGACUGCCGAAUCAACCAGAGAGAGAUCUUCCUGUCCAGCAACUGCACUGAGACCAGCUGUGAAGCCUCCGACUGCCCCAAGUGUACUGCUUCUGGAAAAUGCAUGUGGACUCGCCAGUUCAAACGCACAGGUAUGGACAAUGGAAAUUUUGGAAUUUUAAACUUCUGAGUGAAAAUAGAUGUGAGAUGACAAAGUAGUUUUUAUGAUCUAGACUGUUGGCUUUGCUCGGAUUUUCGCAGGUGAAACAAGGCGCAUCCUGAGUGUGAACCCCACCUACGACUGGACAUGUUUCAGCUACGCCCUGCUCAACGUCUCCCCCAUGCAGGUUGAGUCUUCUCCCCCAAUGCCAUGCCCUCCACCCUGCCACAGCCUUCAUAACUGCAGCCUCUGUCUGGGCUCCCGAGGCUCUGAUGGGGGCUGGCAGCAUUGUGUGUGGAGCAUGGCUCUGCAGAAGGUAACACUGGCUUUUUUUUAAGCUUUACAGACUAAUUUUGAGUUUUCUAACCAAAGCUUUAUUGAAAUACAACUGACCUUUUUUGCUCUUCUUCUAGUGCAUGAGCCCCUCUUUCAUACCCCUGCGAUGUGAGGCAGGUCAGUGUGGCCGCCUGCUCUCUGGGGGAGACUCUUGCUCUCCUCAGUGCUCCCAGCUCAGCCAGUGCUCCCAGUGCAUCGCAAGGCCUCAGUGUGGCUGGUGUGCCACUCGGGGUGGAAACGGGGCCGGGCGCUGCCUCCAGGGGGGACUUGAUGGUGAGAAAUUAACUUGAUUUAUCUGACUUUAUGCUUUUUCUCAUUGAUCCACUCACCUUUUUCUGUUCUUGCUACCUAGGUGUGAGUGAGGGUGUUUGCCCCCUGAGAAACAGCAGCUGGUCCUUCCUCCACUGUCCAGAAGAAGAUGAGUGUGCCAACAGUCACCACCACUGCAACAGCACCCAGGACUGCCAUGACCUGCCCCAGGGAUACCACUGCACCUGUAAACAUGGCUACAUACUCAGCAGGUAAGUUCAGGAGUUUAUGAUAUUAAAAACAGAUCCUCACCUUUCCAUUGUUGAUCACCAGGUUGUCUGAAUCUCUUCUCCUGUUUUUCUCCCGUAGUGUCUCUGGUCAGUGCGAGCCAGUGUGCGCACAGGGCUGCGUAAACGGAACAUGUGUGUCUCCAGGAGUGUGCCAGUGUCACUUUGGAUUUGUCGGAGAUAACUGUUCCUCUCAGUGCAGCUGCAACAAACACAGCAACUGUGCUGGUGUUAGCAAACCAGACGUUUGUCUUGAGUGCCACAACAACACCAUUGUAAGUGCCUGUAAUAAAACCCACACACAGACAGUAAACGCGGGUUUUCCUUGUCCUCUGAUGGUGAAUCAUUUCCCCUUUUCCAGGGUAAACACUGUGAGAAGUGUAAGCCGCUGUUUGUGGGCUCUGCGAAGGGGGGCGGAACUUGUCGUCCAUGCCGGGAGUUUUGCAGAGGAAACAGUGGUGUGUGUUUAUCACGAGAUGAACAUAAGAAGGCCCUUGAGAACCCCCGACUCUACCCUUUAGACCCCAGUAGUGUAAGUGUGCAAUCAUUGCGUCCUCCUCCUGAUUUUAGGAGAAUAGUAUUUUGGUAACAUCUUUAUUCUCAGUCAGUUUUUAGCUGUGGGUCUCCCCCUCUCUUUUUCUUUCAUCAGAUUCAGGACUGGGUGUCUGAGGGUCCCACAGAGGAGAAUGCUGUGUGUGUCAACUGCCAGAACAACAGUGUGGGGGACAAGUGUGAGAGCUGCCUCGGUGGCUACUUUCUGCUGCAGGGGAAAUGUGAGAAGUAAGCAGUCCUUUCUUGGUUCUUUUGCUGUGACUACAUUACAGUCUCAAAUUAUUAAAGGGAUAUUCCGGUGUAAAAUGAAUAUAGGGUCAGACACACCAUAACACAGAGAUAGAUGGACACCCCCUCAAGAGAUGAAUAUUGCCGGCCACUUGCUUCUCUUGUUAUACCAACUUUAGUAACGACCGCACGCUAGCAAUACACAGCGGUUUCAGGAGCCACACACAAAUCUCAACCAAAACGCCACUCUAUAGCCACAAAUAAUGCUCCGGUAUAUCCCAUUAAGUAGAAAAAAUGAGACCCUCAGGUGUGUCAUUUUAUACUGUAUUAUUUUACUACUGCCAACAAUAACCACUUAAAAUUAAGUGCUUAUGGGCUGAUUGGAUAUAUUCUGCAUUGACACACAAUGCAACAGCAUGUUGUACAAUUACGUGACGUCUUAUUGACGUAAACACAAAAGAGAAGACAAUUUGAUGUUCCCACAGCUUCAGAAAUGUACAUCUCUUCCUUUUCUUCUCUUAAGUGUUGGUAUUUUUUUCUCUUCAUUGCAGGUGUCAGUGUAACGGCCAUGCAGACACAUGUAACGAACAUGAUGGUACAGGUUGCCCUUGUCAAAACAAUACAGAGACCUCCUCCUGCCUCAGCAGCCCUCAGAGUGACAGAAAAGACUGCUACAGACAACAGGUAUGCACACGCAGGACACUAUCUCAGAUGUGCAUGACUGUACAAUAUUCCUCAAAUUUGAAUCCUUGUGCUCUUCUGUCUAGUGUGCGAAGUGCAAAGACUCCUUCAAUGGUACACCUGUGAAUGGGCGUCAGUGCUACCGUCAGUUUAACGUGGACACCGAGUGCUGCUUUGACCCAACAUCCCAGACCAACUGCUUCCACGAUCCAACCAUUCGUAACCUCCCCAAGGGGCGCACUGUGUUUUUCGCUGCCCAGCCGAAGUUUACCAAUGUGGACAUACGGGUCACCAUCGAUGUAACUUUUGGAGAGGUGGAGGUGUACGUGUCCAACUCGCAUGAUACCUUCAUAGUGGAUGUGGACCGGCUCACAGGUAUUCACACCAUUAAGAUUGAGGAGGAAUCUGUGACUCGGGGGACGGCCACAGGCGCAGAGAAGGAUUCAGCUCCUUCCCCUAUCAAAGUGUUCGCCAAUUCUUCAUCCAGUCUUGGAGGCCCUGUGCUUUCCCACAAUCCACUGCAGCUACAAGCUAAAGCUCCAGGGGCAGAGAGGGAAAUCAGAGAAGAGAGGGCAGAAGGACUCAUCACUUACAUCACCGUGUGGAAACCACAGACGGUGCUUAUUGUGCGUGCCGUACGAGAUCGUGUGGUUAUCACCUUCCCCCAUGAGGUGCACUCCCUGAAAUCCAGCCGCUUCUACAUCGCUCUGAGAGGCGUGGGAACAAAUGAGAAAGUGGGAGAGUCCCAGGGCCUGCUGUUUCUGCGACAAGACCAAGCCCACAUCGACCUGUUUGUCUUCUUCUCUGUUUUCUUCUCCUGCUUCUUCCUCUUUCUGUCGGUCUGCGUCCUCCUGUGGAAGGUGAAGCAGUUCUUGGACUUCCGUCGAGAGCAGCGUCGCCACAUCCAGGAGAUGACCAAAAUGGCGUCAAGGCCCUUUGCUAAACUAACCAUUUAUUUGGAGCCAGAGGAGCCCCAGCUCAUCUACUUGCCUUCAGCAGGUGGAGGAGUGGGGGGCAGCACUGUAUCACUUGCUCAUGCCCGUACAGGCAAGUUAGGAGGAGUGGUGGUGGGCCAGAGGGGCAGGGCAGGAGCUGUCUCCUACAAACAUGACCCAGGCUCAGGACCCACAGCCCACCCCCACCAUCACCUCGCCCUGGGUGGAGGGGGCAAUGGCGGCCAGCACUUGCCGCUGCACUACCUGAACACCCACCACUAUGCCAGCACAACAGCUGGCACCCAAGCCUCACACCAUCAUCACCCAUCCACAUUCAGCGGUUACCAGCACUUUUGCCGGUCCGACCCCUUCCUCUCUCAGCUCAUGGGCUUUUCUUAUUCCUCUUUCAAGAUCGGGCCCAUCACUCUGGAGCCCACAGACGACGGCAUGGCUGGGGUGGCUACUGUCCUCUUUCAGUUACCUGGAGGCGUAUUGGCGCCGAAUCGUGCCUGUCUCGGCUCUGCUUUGGUUACUUUGCGCCAGAACCUGCAAGAGUACUGUGGCCAUGGCAAUGGAGGGGGGCACCCAGGGGGAGGUGCAGGGCGCAAAGGGCUGUUAGGGAACCAACAUCUGACCACUAUGGCUAUGUAGAAAAGCAGAGAUAUACAUUUACAGAGGGCGGUGAUAACAGUUAAAAAAAGAUGGGGUAAAGCUGUAAAGUGUGUGAUAUAAAAUAAAUUAAUUUUUGAAAGAAAAAGAUAAGAGUUAUGACAGAGCCAGUUAACGUGAGCAUUUUGAACAGAGUUGUACAUACACUGUAUAAUGAAUUAUUAAGUGUCUUUUAUUGUAUUAUGUAUCGCUAAACUGUAUCUCAGUGCUUCACAUGACCAAGCCAGCUGUCUUUAGAAUGCACUACAACUGCUAUACGUAUCAACAAAGCAAUGUUGCAACCUGUCUGCGAUCACUUCAGAGGUAUGAGCACGCCUGAUUGUCAGUGUCAUACAAAUGUCGAGGCUGGGACUGUCGCCGAAAGCCUCUCGACCAACAAAUGUGUUUUAAAAAAAGUGGAUCUGCUCUCUUUAGAACCAACAUGUGCUUUAUACCCCCAAAAAGUGACAAUCAAAGCUGCCGUAAAGAACAAAAAGACUUCAAUAGGCUCGGCAUAACGUGCAAGAUUUUGAUUGUCAGCUCAGCGCAGGAAACAAAAGUCAAAGUUGCUUGUGAGAUGGUUUUUAUAUCAUAGUCAAUAUGAGUAAUUUAAAAUUGUAACUCAGUAUAUGGCGAGCUUCUAAGCUACAUGUUUCUGUUAAACAGACUCGUUCACCUGCUCUGUUUGUUUUCUUUUACUUCUCAUCUGCCUUCACUUCUUGCCUUGUCUGUGAGUCAUCUGGCUUACACUCAAAACUUGUGUUAAUAGAAAUGUGCGGCGCAGCUCCCGGAGAACACAUUAACAAAAGCAUAUUUUACAUUUUCUGUCAUGAAUUUUUGUGAAAAUAUGAAGGAUGAUAUCAAUCUUUAGUUCCUGACCCUAUUUUAUUGUGAAACACAGCAGAACUUGACUGUCAAAAUGAAAGAAUAAGGUGUCUUUGAAAACAUUUCAUUACAUUUUGUUGACUUAAAAUGUGCAUUGGUGUUUGGCUAGUUUUGCUGGACUGCUUUUUCAGGUAAUGUGCCUGCCUAGAUGAUUGUAUUAGUCAAUCAUAGCUUCAAUUUGAUCCAGAAAAAUUGGACUUGGAAUCACAAAUAUGGAUGAAAAAUGUUACUCUUUGGGAAGUUGCAUUAGACGGUUCUCCUGGUGAGAGAUUUGGGAAGACUUGACUGCAUUUAGUUGUAAUGGGACUGAAUAUCUUGUUCACUGGUUGGUGUUGAUGUUAGUAUUUCCUUUUGUUUUUCUUUUUGCACUGCAUGGAGGCAAUGAGCCCCAUAAUUCAUGUGAAACACUAAGAGGGGAAGUCGUUCGGCAUCACAGUGUCAUGGAUGAACUCAGAACGGUGCUACUGGCUUUUUAUCAAAUUCACAAAAUCAUUCAAGGUUUUGAAAAUAACACUGAGGAGCUCAGAUAAAUACUGUCAUUAUUUAUAGCAGCCAUCCACAAAUAAGCAUUAAAACAGUUUUCUGUCUUGUUUCUAAGUGUAUGUUUUUUUUUUUAACAUACUUUAUUUUUGUACAUAACUGUCAUGUUUUUUCUUGUUUUUAAAGAAGGGAACAGUGUCGAAAAGAAGAUUGUGUCAAGAUUCUCUGACUCGAGUCAGCUGAAAUAAAGUCUGUGGAACAUGAGUCUGAGUGUGUUUUAUACAG